AUGAUUUUUCGAGAUUUCGUACCAAAACCAAAAAUUAUUGAGGAUGAUACUAAUAAUGAUUUGCUUAUGACAGAUAUUAUGAAAGAUGAUUUUAGAGAACAAAUUGAUAAACAACCUGACGAACUUGUAGAUUAUGAGAAUUCAGAUGUUGAUUUUGAAGCAAUACUUGAUGAGGAAUUGGGACUAAAUUAG